GCUGGGCCGUGGCCGGGAAUGGGGCCGCCGCCGCGGGGUUGGGUGGGGAGGAGGGCCGGCCUAGGUCAGGAGUUCUCGGGCCCUGGCCGGAGCUGGCAGCGGAGCGAUGUGGCGGAGCAACGGCCUGCGGCUCGGAGCGCGGCUCUGCUGCCCUCGCGGCGGUGCCCGGGCUCCCGCCGAGCGCGGCCACCGGAGCCUGGUCUCCUGCAUCGAUCCUUCCAUCGGGCUAAAUGAAGAGCAGAAAGGAUAUCAGAAAGUGGCCUUUGACUUUGCAGCCCGGGAGAUGGCUCCACACAUGGCAGAGUGGGACCAGAAGGAGCUGUUCCCCGUGGACGUGAUGCGGAAGGCGGCCCAGCUGGGCUUCGGCGGGGUCUACGUACGGACAGACGUAGGUGGGUCUGGACUGUCCUGGCUCGAUACCUCCGUCAUCUUUGAAGCCUUGGCGACGGGCUGCACCAGCACCACCGCCUACAUAAGCAUCCACAACAUGUGCGUCUGGAUGAUCGACACCUUUGGCAAUGAGGAGCAGAGGCACCGGUUUUGCCCACCGCUCUGCACCAUGGAGAAGUUUGCUUCCUACUGCCUCACGGAGCCAGGAAGUGGGAGCGAUGCUGCCUCCCUUUUGACCUCAGCUAAACGGCAAGGAGAUCAUUACAUUCUCAAUGGCUCCAAGGCCUUCAUCAGCGGUGGAGGGGAGUCGGACGUCUAUGUGGUCAUGUGCCGGACGGGAGGGCCAGGCCCCAAAGGCAUCUCGUGCAUCGUGGUGGAGAAGGGGACGCCUGGCCUCAGCUUUGGCAAGAAGGAAAAAAAGGUCGGGUGGAACUCCCAGCCAACCCGCGCCGUGAUCUUUGAAGACUGCGCCGUCCCUGCGGCCAACAGGAUUGGGAACGAGGGGCAAGGCUUCCACAUCGCCAUGAAAGGCCUGAAUGGAGGGAGGAUCAACGUCGCUUCUUGCUCCGUCGGGGCUGCUCAUGCUUCAGUCACCCUCGCCCGAGACCACCUCAAUGUCCGGAAGCAGUUUGGAGAGCUUCUGGCCAAUAACCAGUACCUGCAGUUCAAACUGGCUGAUAUGGCCACAAGGCUGGUGGCCUCGCGGCUGCUGGUCCGCAGCGCGGCGGUGGCUCUGCAGGAGGAGCGGGACGACGCGGUGGCCCUGUGUGCCAUGGCCAAGCUCUUCGCUACAGACGAGUGUUUCGCUAUCUGCAACCAGGCCUUGCAGAUGCACGGAGGCUACGGCUACCUGAAGGACUACGCCGUCCAGCAGUACAUGCGGGACUGCAGGGUCCACCAGAUCCUGGAAGGCAGCAACGAGGUGAUGAGGAUGCUGAUCUCGCGGAGCCUGCUCCAGCAGUAGCCCAGACGUGCUCUGCCCCGAUGUGGACUGUGCACUUGAAUUAGGGUGGACUGGCCCGCUCUGGACUGGCCUGCUCUGGACGGUUCUGUUACAAAUGAGUCAUAAGGUCAUAGGACCGAGCCCUCCUAGGAGGACCUCCCUCAGUGUCGGCAGCAGGUACGGCGUCGUCGGAGGCCUGGAGGAGCGGCCUUGGUGGGGUGUCCUGAGGACACUGCUGUGUUUCCUGAAGCUCAAGGUGACUGAUGACGGGUCAGCGACCAUGGUCCUCUUUGCAUCCACAUCGUCUGGGUCUGCCUGUGUGUGCUGGUUCACCGGAUCCUCCUCCCGGAAGCUGGGUGCUCCAUGCAGCGUAUUUCUAUUUAUUAAGCAAAGGUGUGGGAAAGGGGAAGUGGAGGAAAGCGACCUGUCUUUUUCCGUCCCCUGCACCUCAGCUGGAGAUGCAGGUUCCUGUGGGCACACUUCCUCCAUAGCACACCUCUGAAGUAAACGGGCCUUCGGGGAACGUGGCCCUGACUAUGACUUAAGGUGUCUGGACGUCUGGACCACUUGAAUCAAGGCUGAGGUGACCUGGACCUUUGAAGAUUUGCUUUCUUUUUAAGAAGCAUCUAGGAAUAGUGUUCAAAGUUUCUAGAACCCUUUCUAGGAAGUACUUGGGAUAUAUUUUUUCUAUCUACAUUUUUUGUUUUUGUUUUAUGAAGCUAUUACUCUUUUUAAAGGUCUUUGAUUGAUAAAUAAAAUUUAUCCCUUUCUGUACCAUCUCAAGCUCCACUGAAGUUGGUUUUUAUUCUUUCUGUCAGCCUUUACAACUAUUUUUUAAAAAUGUAUUAAACACAACUAGAUUUUGGAAU